AUGAAUUAACAAUUAGAUGACUCAAAAGAGAGUGCUUAAUCAUAAUCUAUGGAAAGAUACUUAUAAGCAGAAUCAGUAGGUAAUUCUCUCUCUCCUUAGAGAUUGGUUUAGACUUAAAGAAAUCCUCAAGUUGGAACAUCUAUAUUAAAAUUAUAGAAUGGAAAAUAUAGCAAUUAAUAAAAUGUAUUCAAAGAAGCUUUAAAUAAAAAAAAGACAGAAUUACAUAAGAAAUCACAAAAACCUAUAGCAGAGAUUCCUAAAUAAGAAAAAUCAAUAUAAGAAAAAUAACCAAAAAGUAUUAAAAUAAUAAUCCUUAGAAAUGGAUAAGGUAUAAUAAAACAUAAAAUAUGUAUAAAUGAAAGCAGAAGAAGUGAAAAAAAAGAGAGAAGAAGAGAAAUAAAAAGAAGAAAAAAUGAAAUAGAGUAAAGUUGAACAUGCAUAAGAAGAUGUAGAUGAAGGUAAUAAUAAUCAAUAUCAAAUAUUAGUAUUUUAAGAAACAGUAAAUAGAUUGUAUAAUUAUGAAAAAUAGAGAUUAAAGUAAUUAAAUAAAAUGAUGGAAGAGGAAAAAAAUAAAGAAAAAUAAAUUAUGAGUGCAAGACCUAUGAUAAAUGAAAAGAGUUGUAAAAUGUUAGAGAGAAAAUUAAAACAAUUAGUAAAUGAAGAGGAAGACUAUAAAAUGAUAUAUUAAUUUAAGGAUAUAGAUAUUUAAGUCGAUCUAUUGCCUAAUUUACCAAAAUUAAAAGAUUAUCUCUAAAUAAAGUAUCAUAUUAUUUAUAUACAUAUGAAUAGUGCUAAAAAGUCAAUCACUAUUGGAUAAGAUAUAUAAAUUAUCAAAGAAGAAGUAAUAGUAGAACAAAUAGAUCCUGCUGAAGAUGUAUAAUAUAAAUAAGGUUAAUGUCAUGCAAUAGUAUAAACUAAUGAGAUUAAAUAUAAAAUUGGAGAUACUAUCAAAAAAUAAUAAGAAUAAUAAGGUACUUAAUAAUAGUAAACAACUUAAUUUGCAACUCAGGAUACUCCAAAUAAAAAAGUAUAAAAUUAAAGACAAAAACGUUUAGAAUUUAUGGAAGGUUAAGGAUAAAGGAUGAAAACUGAAUGUUAAUAUUAUGUCCCACUUCAUAUUCGUUAAUAAAAAGUUAUUUAAAAAAAACAGGAAUGGGUUAAGUCCUAAAUUGAAUAAAAAAAGCAAAAGGAGGAAGAAUCUAUUAGAGCAGAAUAAGAAUAAUGGGAAAAAGAAAAAUAAAAGUGGUCUAAAAAAAAGGAUUAAAAUAAAUCAAUGUAAUAAGAAAUUAAUGUUGAAGAAUUUGCUAAUUCUUAAAUAAAUUGGUUAGAAAAAAGAAAUGAACAUAUUUUAACUGAAUAAAUGAAAAAAGAUAAAGACAUGCAAUCUUAAUUAACAUUUAAACCAUAAAUUUAAAAGAGAAAUAUCGAAAAUUUUAAUAGUGCUAAAGUUGAAGAUAGAUUACUUGAAUAUCAAUAAAAAAAACAAGAAAAUUUAUAAAAACUUGAGAAUAAAUAUUUGCCUACCUUCCAACCUAAUCUUAACUAAAAAACUGUAUUAAUUAUUUAAUAUUUAGAUGUUAACGAUGGAUUGGGCAUCAAAAAGUUUCAAUAAUACUUCUUUCAAUAAAUUAUGGCAAUGA